GUCUGAGCGCUGUAAAAGCCAACAAUUUCCUCAUUGUAAGACAGAAAAUAGAACCACACCUCAAACACGGCGUUAAACAGCUUUAGUGCGGCGGACUUUGGAGGAGUUUAGAUGUCAAACGGAUACUUUCACUGCUGUUCUAUAAAAGUAGUUUGGACUCUUUACUAAACCGGAGAGACUGCCAUCAGAACCUCUUCCCUGAGACUGGAUCUGGACUGAGAACUCCCUGGACCAGACUGUGAGGGACAGGGCCCGGGGGAAGGAGGACGAAGGCUGCACGGCAGGCGUAGCUGGAUGCCCCAGGACCAGCCCAGGGUGCAGGGACAGAGGGGGUCCUGCAGGGCGGUGACAGAGAGCAGGGGGCUGGACGGGUCUGGGCCGGGGAUGAGCCACUUCUGGCACAAGAUGGGCUGCUGUGUGGUGGCCAAGCCUCCUCCGAAGAGGAAGAGGAGGAAGAUUGACCGCACCAUGAUCGGAGAGCCCACCAACUUCAUGCACCUUACACACAUUGGCUCUGGGGAGAUGGCCGAAGGACUGCCCCCUUCAGGACCAGUCCAGGAACAGAUGAGGUCUAAAGGACCUAGCAUCAACGGCAGGAACAGCCUCUUAUAGCUGGAGCACAGCCCAACCUGAGACUCACCUGAUGACCCCUGACCCUUUUUCUCUGACCCCUGACCCUUGACCCUUGGUCAAGCAUUAAGCAAGCCUGUCCCCCCCCCCCCCCCCCUCCUGCACAGAGCACUUAGGACCAUUCCUGUCCGAGCCUCAUUCACACUCAAACCUCUAGAACAAGUCUCAUCCCCUUUCCCAUCCUCAGCACUAGCCUCACCCCCAGUUCCAGCCUCAUCCCCACUCCUAGCCUCAAAGCUCCAGCCCUAGCCUCAUUCCCAGUCCCAGGCUCAAACCUUCAGCCUCAUCCCAGCAUCCUGUUCUUCCCCUUGGACUCUAUAUCCCAGCAUCCUGUUCUGCCCAUGGACUCUUAUAUCCCAGCAUCCUGUUCUUCCCCUUGGACUCUAUAUCCCAGCAUCCUGUUCUGCCCAUGGACUCUGUAUCACAAGAUUGUGUUCUUCCCUCCAGACUACAUGGUGCCGUCCUACCUUAUCCAGCGGAACCAUCCAGAAGACGUCCAGACUGUUCACACUGCCUCUCUCUCGCAGCAUGGGACACAUCAGUGUUGUGCUACAUGGCAGAUUGAUAGACUGAUGCUGUUGGACGUGUGUGUGUGUGUUGGUGGGUGUGCGUGUGUGUGUUGCUCAACGCAGGGACAGGAUAUGGCAUCACGCUCUGCUCCGCCUAGAAUCCAUUGAGUAACAGUAGGUUUAGAGGAGACCUGGGUGGUAGACAUGUGUUGGCCGUGUGUGUCUCUCUGUCACUCUCUCUCAUACAUGCGUAAACAUGAUGAGCCUCAAUUAGACGCACACACGCCUGCCCUGGAUAGCAGUUCUCGAUUAUCAACCUUCCGUUUUGAUCACAUAGGAUCAUUCUUAACAAACAUCUGUAAUAUCCCUCCCCCUCCCUGAGCUACAGCUCUACAGGCCAUUGGAGCUCUUCCUGUCUGAGUCACAUGACCCUGGAGACGUGACCCCCUUGGACAGGUCACAGAGACCAGCCGUCUCUAUGACAACCUACUGUAAAAAAACAGCAGGGUUUGAGAAACACAGCUUCCGGAGAGUCCGUCGGCAGGGGGUUGGGGCUCGAACCCGGGUUGUUGUGAUUCCUCUAGUGAACCCAGCGGACCAGUCGGGUUGGGAGGGACAGCCAGAUGUAGUACAUGGGAGGGUGACUGUGUUUCAUGGCCCCUGGCCUUCUGGUCUCUGAUUGGACCAUCUGUUAGAUCUUGAUCCCUCUUUAGUAUUAGAUUUAGACGCUUUUCUGCAAGUUCACAACAAAUGCCGGCUUUGUAUUUUUUGAGUGUAUUUGUUUUUAUGUUUUUAUUUUUCACUUUCAGUGAACAGUUAUUUGACUUGACCGAACAGUAGGAAUUAUCAUUUUUGUUUUAUAUGUUGUUUAUAUUUUGUGUACAUUUUUUCCUUGACAGAAGACUUCCCAGGUUUCAGCUCUUUCCAAGUCUAGACACGAAGCUCGGUUGUGUUGCCACAUUCCUUGUCUUAGUCUAGUCCAGGGAUGUUCCUAAUCUUAACGGACACGCUAAGGGGACUAGGCUAUCUGUCUCUCCAUCUUGCUGGUGUUGUUAUGGCAACUAUAUGUCACAGUCCUGCAACCAGGAAGUCUGUUUCCUCAGCUCCCAGAGUUGAGGAGGGAGGGUCUGAACUGUCAAAGACUGCGUUGAGUCUUUUGACCUGCUUCUGAAAAUACAAGUCAUGUUUUAUGUA